GACAUCGUCCUCCAAGAUGCAUAUUUCUGUCCUGAAUGGACACCUUCCGAUUCAGGCCGCAGGGUGGUCACUUGCAGCCUCUACCGACCUGGGCUGUGAUACGCACAUUCCUCUGCAUUCCUGGGUCUCAUGCAGGUUUCUCUUGACCGUUGAGAGCAGAUUCGAGGGUCAGGUGCCUGGAUGGACAGUCCCCUGCAUAUUUGGCUGAUCCCCUGACUCUCUUCUCCCCGCAGCUAGGAACCGCUGCCCUGAUCAUGGACCCAGAAUGCUCCAGGCUCCUCCCGGCUCUCUGUGCUGUUCUGGCAGAUCCCAGGCAGCUGGUGGCAGAUGACACCUGCUUGGAGAAACUGCUGGAUUGGUUUAAAACAGUGAUGGAGACAGAGUCCAGCCUCCAACUGCUGCAGGACCACCCCUGCCUAAUGGAGCUACUGUCCCAUGUGCUGAAGCCACAGGACGUGAGCCCCAGGGUCCUCUCCUUUGCUCUACGCCUUGUCGGGAUCUUUGCAGCCCAGGAAGACUGUUUCCAGUACCUCCAGCAGGGGGAGUUGUUGCUGGGGCUCUUUGGGGAGACGGGUGCCCUCAGCUGGGCAGCCUGGAGCGUGCCCAGUGUGCGCAGUGGCUGGAUCCAGGGCUUGUGCUCCCUGGUACGCCACCCCAGCGCCCUGCACUUCCUGGCUGACAGUGGUGCUGUGGACACGAUCUUCUCCUUGCAGGGAGACCCCAGCCUGUUUGUGGCCUCUGCAGCCAGCCAGCUCCUAGUACACAUCCUGGCUCUGGCCAUGCAAGGUGGGGCUUCAGGGUCCCCCACCCGAGAGGCUGCUGCCUGGCCCGUCUGUGCUCAGAAGAUUGUGAACCAUGUGGAAGAGUCCUUGCAUUCCAAAGCCACCCCACAGGUCACACAGGCCCUGAAUGUACUGACCACCACUUUUGGGCGCUGCCAUAGCCCCUGGACAAGGGUCCUCUGGGAGCGGCUGAGUCCUCCUGUUGCCUGCCUGUUUGAGAGAGACCCCAUUCCAGCUGUCCACUCACUCAUGGACCUUCUCCUCAGCGUGGCCAGGUCUCCUGUGUUGAAUUUUUCAGCCUGUGGUUUGUGGGAGAUGCUGGCCCAGACUCUGAACCGCCUGAGCCCCACACAAGCUGGGCCUCUAGCUCUGGGGACCCUGAAACUCCAGCAUUGUCCCCAGGAACUGAGAACCCGGGCCUUCAGUGUCCUCCUCCAGCCCCUGGCCUGUAUCCUGAAAGCCACCACUCAGGCGCCUGGACCUCCAGGCUUGCUGGACGGGGCUGCAGAUAGCUUGCUGACUGUGGAUACACUCUUGUCAUCUAAGUCGACCUGUGUGGGACUUCUCUGCCAGACUCUGGCUCACCUGGAGGAACUACAGAUGCUGCCCCAGUGCCCCUCCCCCUGGCCCCAGGUGCCCCUGCUGGGUGCUGCGGUGACCAUAUUGCGUCUCUGUGAUGGCUCGGCGGACCCCAGCUCCAGUGUGGGAGGUCGUCUCUGUGGGACCCUGGGUGGCUGUGUUCGUGUUCAGCGAGCAGCCCUCGACUUCUUGGGGACACUGUCUCAAGGAAUGGGCCCCCUUGAGUUGGUGCUGGAGGUGUUUGCGGUUCUCCUGAAGACCCUCGAGAGCCCAGAGUCCAGCCCAAUGGUCCUGAAAAAGGCCUUCCAGGCUACCCUCAGGUGGCUCCAGAAUUCACACAAGACCCCCAGCUGCUCUGACCUCAGCGCUGAUGCCCUGCUGUUCCUUGGAGAGCUAUUCCCCAUACUACAGAAGCGUCUGUGCAGCCCGUGUUGGGAGGUGAGGGACUCCGCCCUGGAGUUCCUGACGCAUCUGAUCCGACACUGGGGAGGGCAGGCUGACUUCAGAGAGGCACUGCGUUCCUCAGAAGUGCCUGCGUUUGCCCACCAGCUCCUCCAAGACCCCGAGAGUUAUGUCCGAGCAAGUGCAGUAGGCGCUGCUGGGCAGCUCUCUACCCGGGGCCUACAGGCCGCUCCCACCAGCCCCGAGAACCCGCAGGCCCAGCAGGGCCUACUUAUGGACCUCAUGCAUAUCCUGUCUACGGACUCAGAGGGCUUCCCUCGGAGGGCUGUCUUACGGGUCUUUACUGAGUGGCUGAGGGAUGGCCAUGCUGAUGUGGUUCAAGACACAGAGUGGUUUGUGGGCACUGUGCUGCAGGCAGUGAGCCGGGAUCUGGACUGGGAGGUCCGAGUGCAGGGUUUGGAGCUGGCACAGGUGUUCCUCAUCCAGGCAAUGGGGCAGCCCAGCCUCCGCUGUCCCUAUACAGUGGGCCUGCCUGAGGCCACCUCUCCCAGCCCACACCCAGAAUUCUUGCAAACUCUUUGCCGUCUGCCGCUCUUUGAGUUUGCUUUUUGUGCCUUGCUUGACUGUGACCGACCAGUGGCCCAAAAGGCCUGUGACUUGCUCCUCUUCUUGAGGGACAAGACAUCUUCCUGCAGUGGCACCCAGGAGGCUGGGGAUAACCCUAGUUCAGCCUCUGUGGAGGCUGUGCUGCAGAGGUGGCGGGAGGGUGAGCAGGGCCAGCCCCUGGGGGACCUGGAUCCUGAGGCCAUGCUAGCUAUCCUGCGGUCCCUGGACCUGGAGGGCCUGCAGGACAAGCUGGCCAAGAGCAGCGACCAUGUGGAAAAGAGCCCACAGUCCCUACUCCAGGACAUGCUGGCCACGGUGGGUAUCUUAGAGGAGAAUGAAGCUGACUGCUACUAAGGCCGUGUCCCCAUCCUUCAUCCCUCGCCAGCAGACGGACUCCAGCCCAGGCCAGUUGCUCAUGAACCCUCCAGGGAGUGGAUCAAAGUUCCUAUAUUUUAAGCCGGGUAUGAUGACACAAUUGUGGUUCCAGAGUUUUAAAGGCCAAGGGAGGAGAGGUAGAGUUCCUGCCCAGUGUGGAUUAGAUAGCAAUCCUGUCUCAAAAACCAAAACAAAAACUCUACCUUUUGUGUGCGUGUGCAUGCAGAUCAGAGGUCAGUCCCUGGUGUCUUUCCUCAGGUGCUGUCCACCAGUGAGGACGGGUCUCUCACUGGGACUUGGUUCUCACUGAUGAGACUUGCCGGUAAGGUCCAGGGAUCCUGUUCUCUUCUCCUAGCACUGGGAUUGUGAUACUGCAUCCCCACACCUGGGUUUUUACAUGGGUGCUGGCAUCUGAACUCAGGUCCUCAUGCUUGCACGGCAAGCACUUUAUCCACUGAACCGUCUCCCCAGGCCCCACAGACUCCUACCUUCUGAUGUAUUAUUAAAGAAGUGGCUUGUUUUCUCCUCAGAACAAGUAGCGUCCAAGUCUAUAAUCCUCCAAGUUAAUUUUGUAUAUGGUUUAACAUAGGUCCCACUGGUAUUCUUUCAUGCGUGGCCAUUUCACGCUCUCUACUCCAUCCAACGACCAAGGUUUAGGAGUCCCAUCGUCUGUAAUUUAAUUACUUGCAGGGCGGUGUUAGUACACACCUUCUAUCCCAGCACUUGUGAGGCAGAGAUAGGUGGAUCUCUGAUUUCAAGGCUAGCCAAGACUACUCAGAGAUAGCCUAUCUCAAAAGACC